UUAUUUUAUUUUAUUUUAAUUUUUUUUAUAAAGUAAUAGGAGGUGUGAGCUUCUUGGAUCCUUCGUCUCUCACUGGCUGUUGUUGCUUCUGUCUUGUGCUUUCUUUUUUUUUUUCUUUUUUUCUUUUUUUUAAAUUUUUUUCCGAACUUUUCGAUCUAGGUUUCUUACUUGUUUUUCUUCUUCAUUACGAUUUUUUUUUUUUUAAAAUAUUUUUUGGGGGUUUGAGUGGAGGUUUUUGAUGAAAGAAAAUGGAACAUUUUCGGACUAAGAGGUCCAAGAUUGCCAGCAUUACUGAACGGAGCUCGGUUUCUAAAGAACAAGGAAACAAGCAGGUUCAAAACCCGAGAAACUUUCCCAAAUUGGCCUCUGAUUCUAGUUCAUGCAGUAGUGGUACUACAGAUGAGGAUUCGUUUACGUUUGAAUUGGGGUGGAGAUCUUAUAAACAAGCUAAUGGAACUCCAAUGAAGAAGUUAUUAGCUAAAGAAAUGUCAAGAGAAACUGAAUCCAAAAGGAGGUCACCUAGUGUUAUUGCCAAAUUGAUGGGUCUUGAUGGAUUGCCACCUCAGCAGUCUGCUUGUAAACAACCAAAAAACAUAUCAGAUAAUCAUGUCCAGAAUACAAGAUCAGUAGAAAAGGGUCAAAGGAGCAGCAUGGGUUACAACCACCGAUCAUCUAGGAAGAGCUCAAAAGAGGAGCAAGAAUUUAAGGAUGUCUUUGAGGUGUUGGAAACAUCAAAAGUAGGUAGUUGCAGUUAUUCAUCACAAGUAACUGAAAACCCAAAGCUAACUGAUGCUGAGAUGGCAUUCAUUCGGCAGAAAUUCAUGGAUGCUAAACGUUUUUCUACUGAUGAAAAGCUACAGGAUUCUAAGGAGUUCCAUGAUGCACUUGAGGUCUUGGAGUCUAACAAGGAUCUUUUGCUGAAAUUCCUUAAGCAACCAGAUUCAUUGUUUACAAAGCAUCUCCAUGAUCUUCAAGGUGCCACUUCUCAAGCCCAACCUCGUUGUGGACGUAUGGUAGCUAUGAAGUCAUCAGAAGUGCAGAAGUAUGAUAACACACGCCUUGGUAGUAAAUCGGCAAGGGAAGCUCCUUGGAAGAGUUGCAGUAUAUCUCCUCAGAAGCAGCAUGAUUGGCAUUCCAGCCACUCUGACAUCCACCAUGACACCCAAAGUUCUCUCAAGUCAACUAAAAAUCUGUUAGAGAGGAGAGAUGAGUCUGCCGUUCUCCCCACAAGAAUUGUUGUUCUAAAACCAAAUGUUGGGAAGUUGCUGAAUCCUUCGAAGACCAUUUCUGCACCUUGUUCUACGCAUGCUUCCUUGUCAGAGUGUAGGAAAGACGGAGAUAUUCCAAAUAUUAAAAAUAGGGAGACAGAAUUUGGGGGAAAGAAGAAUUUUCAUCAGAAUGUGGGGCUUUCAAGGCAUAAGUCUAGAGAAUCUAGAGAACUUGCAAAGGAAAUUACUAGGCAAAUGAGAAAUAGUUUUAGCAGUGGUUCUAUGAAUAUUGCGUCCUCUGCAUUUAAAGGAUAUGCUGGGGAUGAGAGUUCCUGUAGCAUGUCUGGAAAUGAAUCAGAGGUGGUGUCAGUGACUUCCAAAUAUUCCUUUGACUUGAAUAAUCAGUCCAGGCCUGCUUCAUCCCAUUCAACCGAAUCAUCUGUGAGCAGAGAGGCUAAGAAAAGACUUUCAGAGAGAUGGAGGAUGACUCACAAGUCUCAAGAUUUGAGAGGUGUUAGUAGGGGCAGCACACUUGCAGAUAUGCUUGCUAUCCCUGACAAGGAGAUGAGGUCUGCACAUUUGGAUAGCAUGAGAUAUGAGGAAGGAUUUAGUAACAAGUUUGCUACUGAUGAUGAAACUGCUGGCUGGGUUGAGCCUUUAGGCAUCAGCAGUAGGGAUGGUUGGAAGGAUGGAUGUGGCAGAAAUUUGACAAGAUCAAGAUCUCUUCCUGCUUCAUCCACUGCCUCUGGAAGUCCUAAAGCAAUUAUGCGCCGUGAAACUAUUCGUGAUGAGAGAUAUGUGAUACCCAAAGAUGCUUUAAAGCGGGAAAGGAAUAAGUCAGCAAAGGGUAAUUUGGAUAAGAAGGAAGGUGUCAACAAAAACUCAAGAUUGAGGAGUAAGAAAUCUUCUCGCUCCACAAUAAGAGAUAACAAUGACACUUCAUUCAAAAGCCAUACAAUGCAAAAUCACAUCAAGGCUGAUUUUGAAGAGAGCAGUCAUUCUGAACAGAAUGUUGAAGCCUUAAAACCAUUGGCUGGUGGUAUCACAGAUACCAGUCCAUUUCAUGAAAAUAUAGUGGAUGUGGACCGCGAGAACCCAACUUUUUCUUCUGAAUCUCCUCAUAAGAUUCUUCCAGAAUUAUCAGCUUGUAUGCUGGCGACAGAUGAUUGCCAUGCUGAUAACCAAGAUAAUUUAAAUUCUCAGGAACCACAAGUUCAGGCACCUAGGGAAGGUUCGGUGCCCUUGCACCACUCUGUACCUGGGUUAGAAUCCCCUGCAAGCUCUAAGGAGACCGAUCAGCCAAGUCCUGUUUCAGUUUUGGAAGUUCCUUUCAUAGAUGAUGUGUCAUCUUGUUCUGAAUGCUUUGAGAGUAUCAGUGCUGACCUACAAGGGCUUCGUAUGCAACUUCAGCUACUCAAGUUGGACAAGUUGGAGUCUGAAUCAUACACUGAGGGACCCAUGCUCAUCUCGAGUGAUGAAGAUAAUGGGGAAGGAUCAACUGGGUUUUCAGAUGCAAUUGGGAUAUUUCAAACUCAAGAGAGCUGGGAAUCUUCCUACAUGAUUCAAGUAUUAACUGAUUCUGGAUUGAGCAAUACUGACCCGAAUAUGUUUGUGGCGUCAUGGCACUCUCGGGAGCGUCCUGUGAGUCUUUCAGUAUUCGAAGAUCUCGAGAAGAAGUACCAUGACCAAACUUCCUUGCCAAAGUCCGAAAGAAGAUUACUUUUCGACCGGAUAAACUCAGGGCUCUUGGAGAUAUAUGAACAAUUCACUGAUCCACAUCCAUGGGCGAGACCUGCAAUAAAAAUGGUUGUGCCUCGAUGGAUUAAGGAUGGUCUACAGGACGGACUGCGUCGGUUGCUUAAAAACCAAGAAAAGAAUGCGAAGAAAGAUACAGCUGAUAAAGUUCUGGGUAGGGAAUCAGAAUGGUUGGACAUGGGCGAUGACAUUGAUGUAAUAGGUACGGAAGUUGAGAGAUUGUUGUUAGAUGAGCUAUUAAGUGAGGUAGUAGUAGCUAUUUAAUGUAGAGAUUAUCAGCCAAAGCUAUUUUUGGUCUAGGAAUCUGAGUAUUAUGUACAUGAAACCAUGAAAUGGUUAUUUCGUAGAUCAAAUAAUAAAAAGGGAUCAAAAUCUUCACACCAAAAGUGAAACUAGAAUGCUGCCGAGACUCAAAUUUAACCCCGUUGCGGCAAUUUCUUACCCGAGCUACAAACCGGGAUGGAAGGAGUCUAAUCGAUUAAGGGUUGAAAUUGAAAUUACUGUUAGAUGCAAUACUAUAUUAAGUUGUUGGCAUUGGUUGAAUGGAAUGGCAAUUACAUGAUUGGAUCGGUUGGACAUUA